AGACGACUGACCCUUAUUUGCAUAGCCGCCGCAACACCAGAAAGAAUAUGGCGAAUGGUCAAGAGAGUACUACACGUUGGUUGCCGCUUGAAAGCAACCCAGAUCUUAUGAACAAAGUAAGUUUUAUCAAACUUUAACUAAUAAAGCAUGUUAAUGACAUAACCAUCAGCAACUGGUUGCCAGAAGCGCUUUUUUUUUUUUUGUCAUUUGAACAAUCUACGAUUAGUACUAAUUUAAUUUUUUAACAAUUCACUAAAUCUAUAUUUUAUCAAGUUAAUUCUUGCUUUUUCAUGAAAUUUGUUCAUAGUAAUAUAAUAUUACUAUCUAAAACUUCCGAUUUUGCAAUAGUUCAUCCGAUUAUUGCCCAAUACCUUAUAUUGUGCAAUACAAAGACAAUAUCUACGAAAAACAUUGAAAUUAUGAUUAUCUGAGAAUUCGAGCAAUAUUUCACAUUGUAAUGCAAUAAUUAUUCUGAUCGAGAUUUGAUAUUAACUAGUUAUUUGAUAUAGUAUAGUAAUACUUGUUUUCAAAUUGUAUUACCCUUAUACAGUAUGUUGAAGAGCUGGGAGCGGAUAUGGGCGAGUAUCGUUUCACAGAUAUUUUUGGAUUCGACGCAGACCUAUUAUGCAUGGUUCCAAGACCUGUUCUAGGUCUGGUUCUACUCUAUCCUCUCACGGAGAAGUCGGAGUCUGGCGAAAUUGGUAAAGAAGAUCAAAAAUCGGAUUUAUAUUACACAAAACAAACAAUUGGUAAUGCUUGUGGAACUGUUGGUUUGAUUCAUAUUUUAGCCAAUACAAAAGAAACCCUAAACAUUAAAGCUGACUCGAUAAUUGGGAAAUUCUUGGAAGCUACAAAGUCAAUGUCUCCUCAAGAAAAAGCCGUUUAUCUUGAAAAGGAUGAAAGCUUUGGUGCAACUCAUGAGGUUAUAGCUCAACAAGGUCAAACACAGGCAAGUUUAGACAGUGCUAUUUUGUACAUGAAAAGAGCAUCUCCGCAGAAAUCACUUGAAAGUGAACUAGACAACUUGAAAAUAGUAGACAAAAGUAGUAAAACUAGUGGAAAUUGUAUAACGCGUAAACUUAAACCUAUAUUUGAAAGCAAAAAUAAGAGCGGUUCAAUGAGAAGCAAUCGUUCACCAAAUCCACAACAAGACCUAAAAGUGACUUCAUCCGAAAGUAGUAUUGAUGAUUGUCCCGGUAGAGAAGAUAAGGUCGAUUUGCAUUUCAUAGCUUUUGUUCACUCCAACGGAACUCUAUAUGAAUUAGAUGGAAGAAAGAAUGGCCCAACUGCCCAUGGUCCAACCACUCCUGACAAUUUGCUUGAGGAUACUGUGGCAGUUGUAAAGAAGUUCAUGGCCCGUGAUCCAGAUCAAAUGCACUUUAAUCUGGUGGCUCUAGCCAAGAAUAUGUAA